AGUGCCAUGCACUGUGAUGUACAAGUCAUGGACAUGGCAUGCAUGCAUAGGGCAAAAGAACGGCGGUUGAUCAAGAUGAACCACUUCUGGAUUCGUGCUGCCUCCAUGAUAUGAUUCAUGUCUCAUGAUUGAUCAACCUUUUUACUUAUCUUCACCACAAUUGCCAGGUCAACUGAGGGAGACUGCUUGUUUCGAGCUUCUGCAAUUAGAAUCUGAGCGCAGAGAGGAAGAAAAAGGAGGUCGAUGAGGAGGAACAACACAUGGGAGAAGCUGAGGAAGAUGUGGGGAUGAGAGAAGCUCCAUGGAGGGAGCAAUAACCACACACUCCUUGGGGUCUGCAGAAAACCUAAGCCUUCCUCAGGAGCAAGUGAUUGUGAUGAGUGCCAAUAUGGGAUGCAGUCACUGCAGGCAGAGGGUCUCCAAGGUGGUCUCCAAAAUGAACACAGGCUUGGUGGAUUACAUGGUGGAUUUGCAAAAGAAAGAGAUCACAAUGAGGGGGGUUGUAGAGACCAAGAAGAGGAAGGUGCAUCCUAAUCACACAAGGAAGAAGAAGACACUAAGAAGCUUCUUGGGCUUCUUUAGACAGAAAUGUUGUUCUUGCUAGUUUCAUUAGUUGUGGAGUAACUCUUCCCACCAAAUUAGGGUUCAUGUUGACACACAUUAUGAGUGUUGAUGUGAUUAGCUGAAAAAAGUAUUGGUAGACCUUGUAUCUAGUAGCAUUUGGUUUAUUAUUAAAUCAAAAUUAUAAUUAAAAAAAUAGA